UCCGCCUUGGAGGAUUUGGAGUACUCCGCCGUGUCGUGCAGGGCGUACUCGGCAUCUCUUGACGAGUUCGGUGGCGUCGGCGAUGGAGUGACGUCGAACACGGCGGCGUUCCGCGACGCGGUGGCGCAACUCAGCCGGUACUCAGACGACGGCGGAGGUUUGCUGUUUGUUCCCGCAGGCCGGUGGCUCACCGGAAGUUUUAACCUCACCAGCCACUUCACCCUCUUCCUCCACCGUGACGCCGUCAUCCUCGCUUCCCAAAACGAGAGUGACUACGAAGUGAUAGAGCCGCUACCAUCCUAUGGACGUGGAAGAGACACAGAGGGAGGGAGAUACAUCAGUCUCAUCUUUGGCACCAAUCUAACGGAUGCAAUCAUAACGGGUGAGAAUGGGACAGUGGAUGGGCAAGGGGAGCCAUGGUGGGGGAAGUUCAAGAGAGGAGAGUUGGAAUACACGAGACCUUACCUUAUUGAGAUUAUGCAUUCAGAUGGAAUCCAAAUCUCUAAUCUCACUUUCUUGAAUUCCCCUUCCUGGCAUAUUCACCCCGUGUACAGCAGCAACAUUCUCAUCCAAGGUCUGACGAUACUGGCACCGGUUACGGUCCCCAAUACCGACGGUAUAAACCCUGAUUCUUGUACGAACACGAGGAUUGAGGAUUGUUACAUUGUGUCGGGAGACGAUUGCAUAGCCGUGAAGAGUGGAUGGGACGAGUACGGAAUAAAGUACGGAAUGCCGACGAAACAGUUGUUGAUACGAAGGCUAACGUGCAUUUCUCCUGACAGCGCCGUCAUAGCGCUUGGCAGCGAGAUGUCCGGUGGCAUUGAGGAUGUCCGUGCCGAAGACAUUGUCGCUAUUAACUCCGAAUCUGGUGUCAGGAUCAAAACCGCAAUAGGACGAGGAGGGUACGUGAAGGAUAUAUAUGUUCGAGGAAUGACGAUGAAUACGAUGAAAUACGUAUUCUGGAUGACUGGCAAUUACGGUUCUCAUCCAGACGAGCAUUACGAUCCGGAGGCUUUACCGGUGAUUGAAAACAUCAAUUACCAAGACAUGGUAGCCGAGAAUGUUACAAUGCCGGCUCAAUUAUCCGGUAUACCGGGAGAUCAAUUUUCCGGCAUCUGCAUUUCAAAUGUUACAAUCGGUUUAGCCACUAAACCGAAGAAGGUGCUUUGGAACUGCACGGACGUUUCGGGUUUCGCGAGCGGCGUGACUCCGCCGCCGUGCGAGCUGUUGCCGGAAAAGCAGCCCGGAACGAUGAUUCCGUGCAAUUUUCCGGCGGAAGUUAUCCCGAUCGAUGAGGUCAAGCUUCAGCGUUGCUACAGCAGGAGGAAGAAUGUGUGAGGAACGUUUUCUUGAAAUCGGUUUCUUGGGUUACAAGAAAUGUUCUUUUACCAAACCAAUACUUAGAAAACACGCAGACGUGAAUAUAAAUUUAUAAUUAUCUCAAGAAUUAGGGAAGUGUGUGCGUAUUUUUCGUGUAUUUGCAUAUUUCCUUAUGUUUUGGUGUUUAUAUGUAUGUGUUAAUCUCUGUCAUGAAAUUCUUUUUAUUUUUCUGAACCA